GCGCUCGGACCGGAGCAGUGGCCGAUGAGCCGGCGGGGGUAAGGGGCCGCGCGGGGCCGGGUCUUGGGGCCGGGAUCGGGCAGCUGAGCGUGCUCACAGCCCUCCUCUCCUCUGCCAGGCACAGCCGAGCUCCUGCUUCUCCGGGCCUGCUCCCCGCACCCAUCCCUAGGUGCUGCCCCCGACAGCGUCGCGCUCUCCAGCCGACCCCCUGCAUCUCGGGGGACCCUCUCCGCCGUCCCCGGCGCCAUGGCGUGCAGCCUCAAGGACGAGCUGCUCUGCUCUAUCUGUCUGAGCAUCUACCAGGACCCGGUGAGCCUGGGCUGCGAGCACUACUUCUGCCGCCGCUGCAUCACCGAGCACUGGGUGAGGCAGGAGGCUCAGGGCGCCCGCGACUGCCCCGAGUGCCGGCGCACGUUUGCCGAGCCCGCGCUCGCGCCCAGCCUCAAGCUGGCCAACAUCGUGGAGCGCUACAGCGCCUUCCCGCUGGACGCCAUCCUCAACGCACGCCGUGCCGCGCGACCCUGCCAGGCACACGACAAGGUCAAGCUCUUCUGCCUCACGGACCGCGCGCUGCUCUGCUUUUUCUGCGAUGAACCCGCGCUGCACGAGCAGCACCAGGUCACGGGCAUCGAUGAUGCCUUCGAGGAGUUGCAGAGGGAGCUGAAGGAGCAGCUUCAGGCCCUUCAGGACAGUGAGCGGGAGCACACGGAGGCGCUGCAGCUGCUCAAGCGACAGCUGGCGGAGACCAAGUCUUCCACCAAAAGCCUGCGGACCACCAUUGGGGAGGUCUUUGAGCGGCUGCACCGGCUGCUGCGGGAACGGCAGAAGGCCAUGCUGGAGGAGCUAGAGGCAGACACGGCCCGCACACUGACUGACAUUGAGCAGAAAGUCCAGCGCUAUAGCCAGCAGCUGCGCAAGGUGCAGGAGGGGGCCCAGAUCCUGCAGGAGCGGCUGGCUGAAACUGACCGGCACACCUUCCUGGCCGGGGUGGCUUCGCUGUCUGAGCGGCUCAAAGGGAAAAUCCAUGAGACCAAUCUGACCUACGAAGACUUCCCAACCUCCAAGUACACAGGCCCCCUGCAGUACACCAUCUGGAAGUCCCUGUUCCAGGACAUCCACCCAGUGCCAGCCGCCCUGACCCUGGACCCGGGCACCGCCCACCAGCGCCUCAUCCUGUCCGACGACUGCACCAUCGUGGCCUACGGCAACCUGCACCCACAGCCGCUGCAGGACUCACCGAAGCGCUUCGACGUGGAGGUGUCGGUGCUGGGCUCUGAGGCCUUCAGUGGCGGCGUCCACUACUGGGAGGUGGUGGUGGCGGAGAAGACCCAGUGGGUGAUCGGGCUGGCACACGAAGCCGCGAGCCGUAAGGGCAGCAUCCAGAUCCAGCCUAGCCGCGGCUUCUACUGCAUCGUCAUGCACGACGGCAACCAGUACAGCGCCUGCACCGAGCCCUGGACGCGGCUCAAUGUCCGCGACAAGCUCGACAAGGUGGGCGUCUUCCUGGACUACGACCAAGGCCUGCUCAUCUUCUAUAACGCCGAUGACAUGUCUUGGCUGUACACCUUCCGCGAGAAGUUCCCCGGCAAGCUCUGCUCCUACUUCAGCCCCGGGCAGAGCCACGCCAAUGGCAAGAACGUGCAGCCGCUGCGGAUCAACACGGUCCGCAUCUAGUGCUGCGGAGGGAGACCGCAGGCCUGAGCAUGGCCACCAGCGAGAGCCCUGCCCCGGACAGCGGAGGCCGGGACUCCAGCCCAGCCGGGCCAACCUGAGAUCUCAGGCCAGUUGUUUACCCUCAUUUCCCUGUCUGUAAAAUGGGGGUUGUGCUCCACGAUUCCGAAGCUCUUCCAGCACUGACGUUCUGUAGCUCUGACCUUAAUGGGGAUGCAGCUUUGGUCCAAGGAUGUGACAUGGCUUCUCCUCAGGGCAGCCCCUGCCCGACCCUCAUCCCCCUCCUCUCAGGGGCAGGGGACUGCGUCCCUAUGUCUCCCUCCUGCCCACAUGCCCUAAGCUCAGGAUGUGUCCGUUGUUGCCAGCACGUGGCUGCCUGAAAGAGACACAGAACCCUCUUAUGCUUCCAGGCCUAAAACUUGCCCCUGAUCAAGCUAGUGAUGGGCCGUUUUAUCCUCAAUCCCAGCCCACAGUGGACACAGGCGGUAGCUAGUCCCAGGGUUGCCUGAGAACCACCUUCUCCUUCCAUCCCUGUACCAAGAGCUUCAUGAUUUUCCCACUUAUCUGCGGGUAGAAGUGAUGUUGUGGCCUGUGGAAGGCACCCAGUGGUUAAGCCCACCUGGUACAGUCACUGUGCCACCACCUUCCUGCCCACAGCUCUUAAGGCCAGAUAGUGGCACACCCCGACUUAGGACAAACAUCACUGGAUGGUGGAGGUCCCCAGCAGCUCCAAACAAGGGUCCAGCCAGGCCUCUGUGACCAGGCUAGGGUGUAGCGAGGCUGUGGGGACCAGUUAUUUUAGUCAGGCCCUGAGCACUGGGGUGGGUGUCAGCUGGACCCCCCCCUCAUCAAUCUUGGCAUCUGUCUCAGUUGGGAUCCUGUUGCAGAAAACAAGAGCUGCUUUAGCUUUAGACAAGGAUUUAUUACCAGGUCCCUAGUGGCUUUGUAAAAUCACUGGAAGGGCCGGAGGAGCAGACUCUGCUGAAUUUCCAGGAACAGCUCCCAGCCGCCAAAUUCAUCAUGUCUGCUGUGACCAGGAACACUGCUCCCAUCUGCAGGAAGCCCCUGCAUCAAGAAGCCGCUGGCUGCAGAACUACGCUGACUUUGCUACUGUCCACGCCAGUCAGUGGAUGUCCUGAGGGCUGCCUCCCCACAUUCAAUUCAAUUUCCGGAUCCAAAUGUCUACGAGGGAUUCUGUGUGGGGAAACUUAAGUCAGAUCCAGAACCUGGGCUGCAAGGGAGUCUGGGAAAUGUACUUUUCUUCUUUCCAGCCUCAUCCAUACAAAAAAGGCACAAUAGAAGAAAGUUAGAAUGGAUGUUGAACAAGCCCACCUUCAGUUUUUGCCGUUGGAAUCCACCUCUAGGCCUUGGCUUUGAAGCAGCAGAGCCUCUACGUGUCCUGCUCCGUGGCUUUGUCCUUGUUCGGGACAGGAGCCCCAGGAGCGGGCCUGCCCGACCAAGCUGAAAUGUCUCCCAGGCCUUAGCUUUUCCUUCUAGUCCUGGGGCCUAGAUUCUGAACUUGGGGUCUCUGACCACACCCACCUCAAAGGAGCCAGACUAGCUGAACUUGGGGGGCUCCCACCUCACAACUGCUGCCCACUGGGGCCUCCCUUGGGCGGGAGGAUUCCUCGGUCUCACCCCACCCAUUCAGCUACCAGAAUCUGGGCCACCCCCAGCAGUAUUUUUAUUUUAAAUGUUGCCCAUUUUGUGAGUUAUGAUGAAUUUGUAUUAAAUUAAAGUUACAGGC